ACACACACACACACAUAUACACGUGUGUGUGUGUGUGUGUGUGUGUGUGUGUAUUCAGAGAGGGAGAAGAUUAUAUAUACUAUAUGUACUAUACUCUAUAAUUUUUCUUUUUUCAAAAAACCAUGCAGUUUGGAUUCGGACACUUAAGACAGUGGUGGUAGCAGAGAAAGGCACUAACCUGGAGAUAAACCCAGAGCCACAGAACAGAGAAACGUGAAGAGUUCAGGCCCACCAUUGUUCAAACCUGGCUUCACUUGUUAGGGGCAAGCGCUGUGCCUCUCUGUGCCUUGGUUUCCUCCUCUGUUCAAUGGGGAUAAUGUUAUUGCCUUCUUGCUGGGGUCGUCUGAGGUCUAAGUGGGCUCAGGUCUUUUACCUCCUUGGCCUGGGGGCUGACAGUACAUGCGGGAUAAGUGGCAGAUAUUUGUGACAAAACAGUACUCAUCCGUCUACCCCCAACCCCACGUGCAGAAGUCAGGCAUUUGAAAUGGAUUAAAGGGCAGGGGUGAGUGGUUAGCUGUUGGCUUCACAGAACACUGGGGUUGGUUUGCUGUGUCACAUCGGCAGGGCCCCUGGUGGUGGGUGGUUGGACUUUGAGAUCUGUGUUCUAAGAUUCUGAGGAUUCAGCUCAGCCGAGGAGGGGAAAGGGCAGCAGAGAGGGUUCCGGGAGGCCGUAGGGUAGGGGGCCUGGAGGCUGCUGACAUCAUGCCCCCUCCCUUCCCUGGCUGGGGGCCAGCUCCGCCGGCCCUCUCCCGGCAGGAGGCCACCCUGUCCCCCAGGCGUCCCGGGCCCGGGGAAUUGACAGCAGAUACGUCAGGGAGGGGACAGCGGCCCUUAGGCACGCCUCGGAGAGAAGCAAGGCGCUGGGGGCAGCAAGCGCCGGCGCGGGGGCAGAUAAAACCCGCGGCCGGGGAGCUGCCCCGGAGUACAACCCUCGCGGACCUAGAGAGCUCCGGGCACUCGCCCGGGCCACACAGCGGGACCUGCACGGUCGCGGCCCUGCCCUCUGUGAGCCCGGGCCCCGUGCGGCAGCGCCCCGCGCGCAUGUCCCAUCCGACUCUUUCCCUUCCGGGGGCGCCGCCAGUGACCGCUGCCGAUGCCCGCAGGUCGAGCACCGAGCUGCGCAAGGAGAAGUCCCGGGAUGCGGCCCGCAGCCGGCGCAGCCAGGAGACCGAGGUGCUGUACCAGCUGGCGCACACGCUGCCCUUCGCGCGCGGGGUCAGCGCCCACCUGGACAAGGCUUCCAUCAUGCGCCUCACCAUCAGCUACCUGCGCAUGCACCGCCUCUGCGCCGCAGGGGAGUGGAACCAGGUGGGAGCAGGGGGAGAAGCUCUGGAUGCCUGCUACCUGAAGGCCCUGGAGGGCUUCGUCAUGGUGCUCACUGCCGAGGGAGACAUGGCUUACCUGUCGGAGAAUGUCAGCAAACACCUGGGCCUCAGUCAGCUGGAGCUCAUCGGACACAGCAUCUUUGAUUUCAUCCACCCCUGUGACCAACAGGAGCUCCAGGACGCCCUGACCCCCCGGCCGAGUCUGUCCAAAAAGAAGCCAGAGGCCCCCACCGAGCGGUGUUUCUCUUUGCGCAUGAAGAGUACCCUCACCAGCCGCGGGCGCACCCUCAACCUCAAGGCGGCCACCUGGAAGGUGCUGUACUGCUCUGGACACAUGAGGGCCUACAAGCCCCCUGCGCAGACUUCCCCCGAAGGGAGCCCCAACUUGGAGCCGCCCCUGCAAUGCCUGGUGCUCAUCUGUGAAGCCAUCCCCCACCCGGGCAGCCUGGAGCCCCCCCUGGGCCGGGGCGCCUUCCUCAGCCGCCACAGCCUGGACAUGAAGUUCACCUACUGUGAUGAGAGGAUCGCGGAGGUGGCCGGCUACAGCCCCGACGACCUGAUCGGCUGCUCCGCCUAUGAGUACAUCCACGCUCUGGACUCGGACGCCGUUGGCCAGAGCAUUCACACCCUGCUGAGCAAGGGCCAGGCGGUAACGGGGCAGUAUCGCUUCCUGGCCCGGAGUGGUGGCUAUCUGUGGACCCAGACUCAGGCCACAGUGGUGUCAGGGGGCCGGGGUCCCCAGUCUGAGAGCAUCGUCUGCGUCCACUUUUUGAUCAGCCGGGUAGAAGAGACCGGAGUGGUGCUGUCCCUGGAGCAAACCGAGCGACACUCCCGCAGACCCGCUCAGCGGGGCACCCCCUCCCAGAAGGACGCCCCUGAUCCUGGGGACAGCCUUGAUGCCUCUGGUCCCCGGAUCCUGGCCUUCCUGCACCCCCCUGCCCUGAGCGAGGCCACCCUGGCCGCUGACCCCCGCAGCUUCUGUAGCCCUGACCUCCGUCGCCUCCUGGCACCUAUCUUGGACGGGACUUCGGUAGCUGCCACCCCCAGCGCACCCCCAGCCACACGGCGCCCCCAAAGCCCUCUUCCGGCCGAUCUGCCAGACGAACCACUCAUGGACAUGGAGAAUACACACAAACUCUUGGCCUCUGGGAAAGACCUUGAGGCUGUGGAGACAGAUCUAGAUAUAGCUCAGGAUGUCGAUGCUCUGGAUUUGGAGAUGCUGGCCCCCUACAUCUCCAUGGAUGAUGACUUCCAGCUCAACUCCAGCGAGCAGCUACCCAGGGCCUUCCGCAGACCUCCAGGCGCUGUCCCCCGGCCCCGCGCUCGGAGCUUCCAUGGCCUGUCGCCCCCAACCCCUGAGCCCUCCCUGCUGCCCCGCUGGGGGAGUGACCCCCGGCUGAGCUGCUCCAGCCCUUCCAGAGGGGACCCUUUGGCAUCGUCCCCCGUGGCUGGGGCUCGGAAGAGGACCCUGGCUCAGAGCUCAGAGGACGAGGCCGAGGGGGUGGAGCUGCUGGGAGUGAAACCCCCCAAACGGUCCCCCAGCCCAGAACCCGAAAACUUCCUGCUGCCUCCCCUCAGCCUGAGUUUCCUUCUGACAGGAGGGCCAGCUCCAGGGAGCCAGCAGGAUCCCGGCACCCACCUCCUGGAACUGAAUGAGCCCCUCCCAAAACCGUCAGGAGCCGGAGCUCCACUCAAAACCUCCGUGUAGGGGCACCUGGGUGGCGCAGCGGGUUGAACGUCUGAUUCUUGAUCUCGGCUCAGGUCAUGAUCUCACAGGUUGUGAGUUCGAGCCCUGCAUCAGGCUCUGCGCUGAUGGCGCGGAGCCUGCUUGGGAUUCUGUCUCUCCUCUCUGCCCCUCCCCCACAUGUGCACGUUUUCUCUCUCUCUCUCUCUCUCUCUCUCUCUCUCUCUCUCAAAAUAAAUAAGUAAACUUAAAAACAAAAACAAAAAAAUGUCCAGGCAUUAGCUAGGAGAUCUUUCCAAAGCACGAAUCUGACCCUGACCUCCCUCUGCUCCAAACUCAUCCAUGGCUCCCUACUGCCCUUCUGAGAAAGACCAAGCUCCUCAACCUUGUACUCCAGCCUCUGUAGGGUCUGCCCGGGGCCUCACAGACCCCACUCGGCCUCACAUCCUUGUUUCAGCCACAGUGACUGUCUUUUGGUUCAGUCUGUCCUUCUUACAUAUAACACUUAUUUAUCAGAUACACAGUACGUGCCAGGCACUGUCCUAGGGGCUGGAGACAUGAGUGUGUACAAAACGGAAAUCCCUGCUGUCAUAGGGCUGACAUGCUAGCGGGGGAGACAGUCCAGAAUGAAGAAACACAUAUAAUUAAGGGCGCGAGAGAGGAACAGAGCACUUCUGGAAAAAAUAAUGUAUGCAAAGGAAAAGGGAACUCUGGGGUGGUAGGAUUUUGAUUUCAAGUAGUAUGAUCAAGAGUGGUCUCACUGAGAAGGUGACAUGUGAGCAAAGACCUGAAGGAAGUAAGGGAGUGAGCUGUGACAAUUUCUGGGGGGAUGAGCACUCCAGGCAGAGGGAACAGCAAAUUCAAAGGUCCUGAGGUGGGAGUGCAUCUGUCUUAGUUGGGGGAAGACAGGGCCAGUAGGGCUGAAGCAGAGAGGGGAGGGAGGUGGGUGGCUGACUGCAGUGGGGACUCUGCAUCUUGCUGACUUUGAAGUCAUCUUGCUGGAGGAGACAGCCUCAGGGCCUUUGCAUACGCUGAUCUUUCUGCCUGGCAUGCCUUCUCUUCUAUUCUUUGCCUAUUUAUUGCAUCCUUCUGAUCUCAGAUCGAGUAUUACCCCUUCCAUGAAGCCCUCCCUAACUUCCUAAGCUCAUGGCUCAUAACACUCAUCACAGAUCAUAUUUACAUAAGCGUUCAUGUCAUGAUUUGAUUUUUGGCUGUCCUCUCCCCAGGGGUGUGCGCUGUGGGAGGCAGGGGCCGGACUUGUCUUGUGGUUGCCAUACUCUCUGCGUGAGGCAGGGCAGUGGCUGGGCACAGAGCAGGGCCUCAGUACAUAUUUGUAAACGAAGAGCUAACAUUUACCUGGCGCUCACUCUGUGCCACUCUUUGGGCUAAGCGUGUUGUGUACAUGACCCAACCGAUCCCUCUCGCUGGAAUGUCAGGGCCGGGAGGUUCAUCUGUCCUGUUAACUGCUGUGUCCUUGGUGCCUGGCACACACCAGGAGCUCAACAGUAUUUUCUGAGUGGGUGAAUUCUCACACGUGAGGCAGAUAGGAGCAUCCCUGUUUUCUAGGUAACAACAAUUCAGUAGGAGCUUACCAAUACUAGUCAGUGCCCAAAGCACUUCGCGUGGAUUGAUUCAUUUAGCUUCCCACAACAGCCCCCGGAGAGGAAGUAUUGUUAGCCCAUUUUACAUACGAGGUAGCCAAGGCACAGAGAGGUGACAUCACCCACCUUGGGUCACACAGCAAGUAAACAGCAGGGCCUGCAUUCCAACUCAGGCAGCAUCUGGCUCCAGCCUUUUGUUUUGUUGUUUAAUGCUUCUUUAU